ACCGUCCGGUCCGUACCGGAAACCCAGUUGUUUGAGGGGUUCGUUGUUCGCUAACCGGCGUCAAAAGCAGCAGAAUUGUGUGCAGGGACGUCGUGACACCUAUUGGGAUCAUCAGAGGGGUAUACGGAGGAGGAGGACCUCCCACUCCACGAUGGCAGACAUCAAGAAUUUCCUGUAUGCUUGGUGUGGGAAGAAGAAGCUGACCCCAAGCUAUGACAUCCGGGCUGCAGGAAACAAGAACAGGCAGAAGUUUCUGUGUGAGGUCCGUAUUGAGGGAUUUAAUUAUAUUGGAAUGGGAAACUCCACGAACAAGAAGGAUGCCCAGUCCAAUGCAGCUCGAGACUUUGUCAACUACCUGGUCCGUGUCGGUGAGAUGAACGCCGCGGAGGUGCCGGCUCUAGGGGUGGGUGGUCUCCCUGAUGUAGAGACAGACAAUGCAGGAGGACUCUGUGGCCAAGGAGAGCUCCCUGCCACAGGUCCCCUGCCCCCCCACUUGAUGGUGAAAACAGAGCAAGAUGAUGGUUCUGGUCCGGUCCCGGGCAGGACAGGUCUGGGCUACUUAGGAGCGCCUGGUGCUGUAUUGGCAGGAGGGGGGGCUCAGUGGGAGCGGGGGGCCAACCUGAAGGAGUACUUUGCCAGAAGAGACGAACAGGAAGCCCAGGCGACUCUGGAGUCUGAGGAGGUGGACCUGAAUGCUGGACUUCAUGGAAAUUGGACUUUGGAGAAUGCCAAGGCAAGACUGAACCAGUUCUUCCAGAAGGAGAAGACCAGCUCUGAGUAUAAAUACAGCCAAGUGGGACCGGACCACAACAGGAGUUAUAUAGCGGAGAUGCAGUUGUUUGUACGACAGUUGGGCAGAAGGAUCACCGCCCGAGAUCAUGGCUCCAAUAAGAAGCUGGCAGCCCAGUCCUGCGCCCUGUCACUGGUCCGCCAGCUCUACCAUCUGGGUGUGAUCGAGGCCUACACUGGCAUCACCAAGAAGAAGGAUGGAGAAACGUUGGAGCCAUAUGAUGUGAAUGUUAACCAAGACCUGGAACAGCAACUUAUGAGUCUGGUUCAGGAGUUGGGAGUUCAGAUCCCACCACGGCCUCUAGACUGCAGCAGCCCAGUGUCUCUGGUCCAGGGCAAGAUGGCAGCGUUUGAGCCCUCCCAGAGGCAGAGCGGGGCGGGGGUGGUGCCUUGGUCCCCCCCACAGGUCAACUGGAAUCCCUGGACCAGCAGCAACAUCGACGAUGGACCGCUGGCCUUUUGCACUCCAGAGCAGAUCAACAAUGACCUGCAGCAGGAGCUCAACUUCCAUCUGCAGCAGAACCAGGACCUCCACAAGAUCCUGGAAGGGCGCAACCAGCUGCCAGUCAAGAAGUUUGAACAUGACAUCAUGGCGGCCAUCGACAACAACCCCGUGGUGGUUAUCAGAGGGGCCACAGGCUGCGGUAAAACCACCCAGGUACCCCAGUACAUCCUGGACAGCUUCAUCAAGACGAGCCGCGCCUCCGAAUGCAACAUCGUGGUUACCCAGCCGAGACGGAUCAGCGCCGUGUCUGUGGCGGAGCGGGUGGCGUACGAGAGGGGGGAGGAGCUCGGGAAGAGCUGUGGUUACAGCGUUCGCUUUGAGUCCAUCCUCCCCCGACCCCAUGCCAGUGUCCUCUUCUGUACUGUAGGUGUGUUAUUGAGAAAGCUUGAGGCAGGAAUAAGAGGCAUCAGUCACGUCAUAGUCGACGAAAUCCAUGAGAGAGAUAUUAAUACGGACUUCCUGAUGGUGGUUCUGAGGGACGUGAUCCAGGCGUACCCACAGAUUCGGGUCAUCCUUAUGUCGGCCACCAUUGACACCGUGAUGUUCCAAGAAUACUUCUUCAACUGCCCCAUCAUUGAGGUCUUUGGACAGACCUUCCCUGUUCAGGAGUACUUCCUGGAAGACUCCAUCCAGAUGACCAACUUCAUUCCUCCGCCUAUGGACCGCAGGAAGAAGGAUAAAGAUGAGGACAGAGGGGAGGAAGAUAUCAACUGUAACAUGGUGUGCGGUUCUCAGUACACUGCGGAGACCAAGCGCUCCAUGGCUCAGAUCAAUGAGAAGGAGACUCCCUUUGAGCUGGUGGAGGCACUUCUUAAAUACAUUGAGACGCUGCGGGUGGCCGGAGCUGUGUUGGUCUUCCUGCCAGGCUGGAACCUCAUCUGCUCCAUGCAGAGGCACCUGGAGAUGAACCCUCACUUUGGGUGUAACCGUUACCAGAUCCUGCCACUCCACUCCCAAAUCCCUCGAGAGGAGCAGAGGAGGGUGUUUGAGCCGGUUCCUGAUGGUGUCACCAAGGUCAUCCUGUCCACCAACAUCGCAGAGACCAGUAUCACCAUUAACGAUGUGGUUUAUGUCAUUGACUCCUGCAAGCAGAAGGUGAAGCUGUUUACCUCUCAUAACAACAUGACAAACUACGCCACUGUCUGGGCCUCAAAGACCAACCUGGAACAGAGGAAGGGCCGAGCCGGCCGAGUCCGACCUGGGUUCUGCUUCCACCUGUGCAGCCAAGCCCGCUUUGAAAGACUGGAUACCCACAUGACCCCAGAGAUUUUCCGGACUCCACUCCAUGAGGUGGCGCUGAGCAUCAAGCUGCUCCGACUGGGAGCUAUCGGCCACUUCCUGUCCAAGGCCAUAGAACCGCCCCCACUGGACGCUGUUAUCGAGGCAGAACACACUUUGAAAGAGUUGGAUGCCCUGGACUGCAACGAUGAGCUUACCCCUCUGGGUCGGAUCCUGGCUCGGCUGCCCAUCGAACCUCGCCUGGGGAAGAUGAUGAUCAUGGGCUGUAUUCUCAAUGUUGGAGAUGCUGUGUGCACCAUCGCUGCCGCCUCCUGCUUCCCCGAGCCCUUCGUCACUGAGGGCAAGCGGCUUGGCUUUGUGCACCGAAACUUCUCUGGCAGUCGUUUCUCCGACCAUGUGGCACUGCUCAACGUCUUCCAGACAUGGGACGACGUCAGGAUCAAUGGGGAGGAUGCAGAGGUUCAGUUUUGUGAACACAAACGUCUCAACAUGUCCACACUGAGGAUGACCUGGGAGGCCAAAGUCCAGCUGAAAGACAUCCUGAUUAACGCCAACUUCCCAGAAGAGUGCCUGAUGACCCAGAUGUUUAACCCGGUGGGUCCUGAUAAUGGUCUGGAUGUGGUGGUGUCCUUGCUGGCAUUUGGCUCCUACCCUAACGUCUGCUUCCACAAGGAGAAGAGGAAGAUCCUGACCACUGAGGGGCGCAACGCCCUCAUCCACAAGACCUCCGUCAUCUGUCCGUUCAGCAACCAGGACACGCGCUACCCCUCGCCUUUCUUCGUCUUCGGCGAGAAGAUUCGGACCAGAGCCAUCUCGGCUAAAGGAAUGACGUUGGUCAGCCCCCUGCAGCUCCUUUUGUUUGCCUCCAAGAAGAUCUCCUCAAAUGGGGAGCUGGUGGAGCUCGAUGACUGGAUCAAACUGGGGAUCUCUCAUGAGGUGGCAGGAGGGAUCGCGGCUCUGCGAGCAGCCAUGGAGGCCCUGGUGGUGGAGGUAACCAAAGACCCUGAAUACAUCCGACAGUUGGAUUGUACCAACCAGCGGGUGCUCAACCUCAUCCGCCAGAUCUCCAAACCUUCUGCCGCCGGACUCAACCUCACCGCCAACAACCCACGGUUUGGUGACGGUCCUCGUCCUCCAAAGAUGAGUCGGCUUGAUGGGGGAGGUUACCAGGGGGGAGGGGGGAGGGGAUACAGGGGUGGGGGAGGAGGUUACAGAGGUGGUGGGGGUUAUGGGGGAAGAGGUUACAGGGGAGGCGGGGGGUAUGGAGGAGGAGGUGGGUAUGGGGGAGGAGGCGGGUAUGGGGGGGGAGGAGGAGGAGGGUAUGGGGGCUUUAGAGGAGGUUACAGGGGGGGGUACAGGGGUGGGGGGGGUUAUUAAUCUCCUGAGCUCCCUCACUCUGAACAGUCAUCACGAGUGACAGGGAGGAAGUGACCAAGUGAGGCAUGUUAUCGUUUCCUGCAGCGCCCAUAACAAGUGGCGUUCAUGUGUGGACCUUCGUUCGUUUGGCUUAUUGAUGUCGGUUUCCUCGCAGAAUGACAUCGACUUGAACCCUGACAACAGGCAAAAUGUGACUUUCAGUGGUAAUAAAAGUACUUAACGGGGAAGUGAGUGGAUGUUGGGGUCCUUUCCUCCCACUAAGACAAGUGUGACACUUCCUGCAGGGGUCACAUCUCAACAAAUUAUUGAAUUUGCUGUUGUGAUCAACAGAAAUGUGUUUAGUUUGUGUGGAUUAUCUGAGCUGUGGGUCUGUAGUUUAUCUGAGCUGUGGGUCUGUAGUUUGUUGUCUGAGCUGUGGGUCUGUAGUUUGUUAUCUGAGCUGUGGGUCUGUAGUUUGUUAUCUGAGCUGUGGGUCUGUAGUUUGUGCUCAGCUGUUAUUGUGCAGAAAUGAAGAGUUGCGUGGAAACUGGUGGUUUUAAUGGUGCAGAUUUCAUGUCAUGUUUGCUAUUUACAUGUUGUUCAGGCGUUGAUGUUGACGUUGGUAAGCUAAGCUCUCAUCAAUAAACCCUUUUUCAUAUUUUGACUCCUGUUUUCUACUAAAAUAAAAGGAAG